AAUCAAUCAAAGAGCCAUAAAAUAUACGGAAAAAUAUACUCCAUAUUUUACUCUAUUGAGAAACCUUAUUCUAAAGAAGAAAAAUGGGUGAUCAUAAGAUAGUUGAAGAAGAUCAUCAUAGUCGUAGUGAUCAGAUUUUGCUUCUUACAUAUCCUUCGUCGGCAGUGUACUAUGUUCAAAGCCCAUCAGACCAUAGUACUAAUACUGAUUGCAGAAACAAUGAGUUAGCUUUCGUAAGUUCUCCUUAUGGAUCUGAUGAUAAGUAUACCUCAACCAAUGCUCGUAAUUCAGUCCACGGCCAAGAUGUGUCUCGAUCCUUACUCUCACGUUAUUCGUCUUCUCGUGGCUCGAAUAAUUCUUUCGUACAUGAGAAAAAGAUUACGUACGGAGCUAACGAAGACUUUCAUGAGAAGAGUAUUGGUAUGGAUGAGAUAGAUGAAGAUGAUGAUGAUCCGUGUUUAGUACUCUGCGAAAAGAAACAAAAAGAUCAACAUCAUCACGAAGAAAGAAAAUGUUGUGAGAUCGAAAAUGAUUUUUAUGACGAUGAUGAUUUUUAUGAAGAUGGCCGGAGAACUGGAUUUUGGAGACUGUUCUCGUUUGGUACAUACAGAUCAUGUUGGUGGACUUUGAUUCAAAUAUUCUGGAGAAGUUUAGUGAGUUUUGGAGUUGCAUUGCUUGUUUUCUACUUAGCUACUAAACCUCCUACACCAAAAAUAUCUAUCAAGGUGGCCAGGAUUCCAAACUUUCUUUUGAGUGAGGGUGUGGAUGCAUCUGGUGUGACCACAAAAAUCCUCAAUUGUAACUGUUCACUGGCCUUGGAAGUCGACAACAGGUCAAAACUCUUUGGUCUUCAUAUCCAUCCUUCCACCAUCCGAAUGUCCUUUGGUCCUCUCAUUUUCGCGACGUCAAGGCCUACAACCAAGGAUUUUAAAUUAUAUGCAGCAGAUGCUACAUUAACAAAGUUCAAACUAUAUAUUGGAGCAAAGAAUAAAGCGAUGUAUGGAGCUGGGCGAAGCAUGCAAGACAUGCUUGAAUCUGGAAAAGGAUUGCCAUUGGUGAUUAAAAUAAACUUAAGAUCUAAUUUUAAUGUUGUAUGGAACUAUGUUAAACCUAAGUUUAGUCAUUAUGCAGAGUGUUAUUUAUUAGUGCAUGGUUCUUAUGAUAAACAACAUCGAACUCAAGCUUAUAAUAACUACUGUAAAACUAUAACUACCACUCUGUGAUUAUUUUUACAUGUACCUCAGGAUAUGAUAGAAGACAUUAUUGUCAAUUAUGAAUGUUAUAUAUACUAUGAAUUACUUUUAAAUCGUAAAAAUUUAGUUAUAA